AUGGGCUGCAUUUAAACCAAGAAGAAACUCACUUAAGUCUAAUCAAUAAAUGAAAAUAAUAACUAGAAUUUUACCUAAAAAAAUGAAAAAGUUUACGAUUUUGGACUUAAAAAGCAAGACAGUUUAAAGUUAUAUGAUGCUGAGAAUCCUAGAGGACUCAUUACUAAGCACAUAUAAAAGAAGACUGCUUAGAAAACUUUAAGUAACUACAACUCCCAAAAUGUUAUUGAGUUAGAAGAAGGUUAUCCUACUCCUAGCAAAGUAGCUACCACCACAGUCAAUGGCAAAAGAACAAGUAUCUUAACAUCAUAACUCCUCAGUACUCCUUAGAUUGAAAAGAUCAUAUAAACUAAUAACAGCUAGUGA